AGUGCUGUGUGCCAGUGGCCGGGGCCGCGGGUCUUGGAGUCGGUCCUCGGGUCUGAGCCUCGAGGCCGCGCUCCCGGGUAUCGUUGAUGUUCGGGGCCGCCGGGCGCCCAGCGAUCGGAGCCGCCGCCGCCGCCGGGAAGAGCUGAGUUUGUCAUUCAGCCCGGAGCUUGCUAUUUCCUAACUGGCCAGCCGUCGAGCCCACAGGAUCUGCCUGUCUCUGCUGGAGUGCUGGGGAUCCAGGCAUUUCAGUAGAACAAUGGAAGAGCUUGUUCACGAUCUUGUCUCUGCACUGGAAGAGAGUUCUGAGCAAGCCCGAGGUGGGUUUGCUGAAACGGGAGAUCAUUCUCGAAAUGUGUCUUGCCCUCUGAAACGCCAGGCCAGGAAAAGGAGAGGAAGGAAGCGGAGGUCCUAUAAUGUUCACCACCCUUGGGAGACUGGCCACGGCUUAAGUGAAGGCUCCGAUUCUAGUUUAGAGGAACCAAGUAAGGACUAUAGAGAGAACCACAACAAUAAUAAGAAAGACCAUAGUGACUCUGAUGACCAAAUGUUAGUGGCGAAGCGUAGGCCAUCAUCGAACUUAAAUAACGGUGUUCGAGGUAAAAGACUUCUGUGGCAUGAGUCUGAUUUUGCUGUGGACAACCUUGGGAAUAGAACUCUGCGCCGUAGGAGGAAGGUAAAGCGCAUGGCAGUGGAUCUCCCUCAGGACAUCGCCAACAAAAGGACAAUGACUCAGCUGCCUGAAGGCUGCAGAGAUCAGGAGAUGGACAAUGAUAGAGCUUACCAGUAUCCAGAGUUUACCCGGAAUAAAGUUAAAAAAAGGAAGUUGAAAGUGAUUAGACAAGGACCAAAAACCCAAGAGGAAGGAGUUGUUUUGGAAAGUGAAGAAAUGAGCCAGACCAAUAAGGACAAAAUGGAGUAUGAAGAACAAAAAGUCUCAGAUGAGCUCAUGAGCGAAAGUGACUCCAGCAGUCUCAGCAGCACUGACGCCGGCUUGUUCACCAAUGAUGAGGGAAGACAAGGUGAUGAUGAACAGAGCGAUUGGUUCUAUGAGAAGGAGUCAGGGGGAGCUUGCGGAAUCGCUGGAGUUGUGCCCUGGUGGGAAAAGGAAGAUCCUGCAGAGCUGGACAGAAACCUGCCAGACCCUGUGUUUGAAAGCAUCCUCAGUGGCUCUUUCCCCCUCAUGUCACACCCUGGCAGAAGAGGUUUCCAAGCGAGACUCAAUUGCCUUCGUGGAACGCCUUCAAAGAAUAUUAAGAAAUCUGGAGGGGCCCCGCCUUCAAUGACGUCUGCUCCUGGCCCCACCAGUAACAAGAGGAUGGUUCACUUUUCCCCAGAUGCCCGUCACCAUGACCACUGGUUUAGCCCCGGGGCUAGGACCGAGCAUGGCCAGCAUCAGCUUCUGAGAGAUAGCCGAGUGGAAAGAGGACACAAGAAAAACUGCUCCGUGAAAACAGCCAGCAGGCAAACAAGCAUGCAUUUAGGAUCCUUGUGCACAGGAGACAUCAAAAGGAGAAGGAAAGCUGCCCCUUUGCCUGGACCCCCUGCUGCAGGAAUUGUGGGUGAAAACGCCCAGCCAAUCCUAGAGAGCAACAUCGGGAACCGCAUGCUGCAGAGUAUGGGCUGGACACCCGGAUCAGGCCUCGGGAGAGAUGGCAGAGGGAUCUCUGAGCCAGUUCAAGCCGUGCAGAGGCCAAAAGGGUUAGGACUUGGAUUUCCUCUACCAAAAAGCACCCCUACCAGCUCUGCCUCCACGUCGGGAAAGCCUGUCUGAGCAGAAAAGCAAGGAAGAGAACAUGCAGUUUCUGU